GAGCAAACACCUAACUAGCGCGACCCAAACUAUGAGUAAAGACGAUGGCAACUACCUGAGGUUCACGGAUACCAACAGUCAACCCCCAGAGCUUAAUAUGAAAAGUGUAGCAACGUGGUCGCAUCCUCGGUGCAAAGUUUUGGGUAUAACAUCACUGCCGAGAAUACGGCUGCUCAGCAAUGGCGAGGUUGAGUACGAAUCCACAGAUCAGGAAGACAUGUGCACAGACAUGGAGGUGCUCGUUUCUUUUCGUCCCUGGCCAAAAAGAACCUUAAACCUCUUCCAGUUGCAGUCCAACUUUCUAGACCUAUGGGUCGAGGGCUCUCUCGAAUGGGAAAUUAACAACCUACUCACACACACCUCACAUGGCGAUACGUUUUACUCUGGCGCACGCUUCCAAGAUCCACUCAUCACGCAUGAUGUUUUCAGCACUUCUCUUACUGGCGAAAUCUUUGGAUACUACCUUGCUGAUGGCAACCUCAAGCCCAUGCAGCCUCUCAACCAUACUACGGACAUACACACAACGACGGGCGAAAUCUGGGCCGCCGUCCCGCACGGAUCUCUCACCAACAUCUCGACUAUCCGCGGAAACGUAAAAGCCUUCGUUGUUCCAUUCGGCGCGGCCAACCAAGAUGACUCGAGCCAGCUUCACACAAGUUCGGACCAAGGCCGUACCUUCGUGAGCCUUUACGACGCACCCCCCGAGUCACUCGAAGGCUGGUACGGGGAUCUGGAGGCCCGAAUACUGCAUGGCCCAUUGAAAUUCGAUUCGAGCGCGUUGCAAGACUUUGAAAAGGGCGAUGGUUUCGGGAAGGCUAAGAGAGGGAGGGAAGGCGAAAGCGUGAUGGAAGCAUAUAUUGAUACGGGAGAGCUGGCUGUACUUUUAGGGCUUUAGUUCUGAAGGAUAAGCGACCGCUGCUAUGACAGGUCUUGGGGUCUUAAUGAGCGGAAGUGCGUUGUUUUUGCUAGUGCGCUAGGCGAAGGGAAGGUUACAAAACCUAGGAUGCUGCGCCACAACACCUUUAUCAAUUCGUGUCUUUCUGACCUGCACUGUUCUAGGCGGGUGUGGCAUGGCGCAGUUGAAUGAAAGGGUUCGAGUUUCGGAAACCAGAAUAUAUUAGUGAAGCGC